AUGUUCCAUCCCGGCAUAGGGAAUGAAGGUUCAUGUUACGUGGAUCUCAUGGCCAAUAUCAUCGACAGGGAUAAGGAUGUUCACCUCUUGCGCUCUCUUGGAAUCAUUCAAGUUAAUGUCGUUGGAAGCGAGGAAAUCUUGGCUAAACUGUUCAACUCACUCCCCGUUGAUGUCCCCGUUGAUCUAUGCAGCGAUGACGUUAUUAACCGUGUUCGACGCGAAGCCGCUGCCUACACAAGGAAGCAGUGGAAUCACUGGCGGACCAAUUUCAGGCAUACUUACUUCAACAAUCCAUGGACUGCUUUAUCCCUAUUUGCUGCCAUGCAUUCUUCUUCUUGGACUCACCAUCAUCAUUCAGACAGUAUUCGCUAUUUGCCAAUACUGUCAGUAAACCUAAUUCUAGUUUUGGAAAUAGGUAUGGCCGACAUUAAAAGGGGUGAAAAUCAUUGGGUUGUAGAACUGUUGGGACAGCUGUCGGAUCGGUUGAGAGAACAAGAGGAGAAAUGGAAGCAGCACUCCAUCUACAAGCUUCCUGCUCGGGUCACUGAUCUGAACCCGAAUGCCUACAAGCCUCGGGUCGUCUCCUUCGGUCCUUACCAUCAUGAUGACCAACAUUUGUUUCCCAUGGAAGCUCACAAACAAAGAGCCAUGAUCCGUUUCAUCAAAAGAUCCUCAGCCCGGAGGUUCUACCUCUGUUUCGACGACGCCGAUGCUUUCCUGCAAGAGUUGAAGGCUUCGUAUGACUCAUUGGGUCAGAAAUGGGAAGAGAAUCCAGAUGCAUUCAUGGAGCUGAUGAUAAGGGAUGGCUGUUUCAUGUUGGAGAUACUACUACAUAAUUUCCAAGAAAACCAUGAAGGACCUAGUUCUUCUUACGCCGAAAAUGAUCCGAUUUUCGGAAACAAAGUCAAUUCCAUGAUGCCUAAUAUCAGACGAGACAUGUUGAUGCUGGAGAACCAAUUGCCAAUGUCACUUCUUAUCAAGUUGCUUCCUUUUGGAUGUCCAACAGUCCAGGGAGAUUUGAAUGAGAAAAUCAACACACUCAUAAUCGAAUUCUACGUUCCGGGCAACCACCGCAAACAUUUGGGAUACGGCAAACAUUUGGGACAAUGCAAACAUGUGUUGGACGUGUAUCGUAAAACUCUCUUACUGGAUCCCAGUCACACCAAAGUCCCAACGAUGAACAAUAAAGAAUCAGAAAUCCUGACACACGGAACAGAUCAGAAAAUAGAUCAGCUUCCACCAGCAACAAGGCUUCAUGAAGCUGGGAUCAAGAUUGUAAAGGGCAAGAGCAAGAACCUAGGAGACGUCUCAUUCGACAAGGGCGUCCUUACCCUCCCUGCCCUCAUGGUGGAUGGCAAUACAGAGCCGGUAUAUCUAAACCUCAUAGCCUAUGAAAUGUUCCACCAUGAUAUAGGGAAUGAAGUGGCUUCUUACGUUGCUCUCAUGGAUGACAUUAUCGACAGCGAUAAAGAUGUCGAUAUUUUGCGUUGUCAUGGAAUUAUUACUGUCAAUGCAGUUGGAAGUGACGACAUCUUGGCUAAAUUGUUCAACACACUCUCUAAAGAUGUCCCACUUGAUCUGUACAGUAAUAACCCUGUUAACAUUGUCCGGCGUAAGGCCGCUGCCUACACAAGGGAGCCCUGGAAUAAAUGGCUGGGCAAUCUCAGGCAUACUUACUUUAAGAAUCCAUGGACUGCUAUAUCACUGAUUGCUGCCAUUGUUCUUCUUGGACUCACCAUCGUUCAAACUGUAUACACAAUUGGCCAGUACUACCAGUAA